CACUAUAAACAGUUAGACGCGGUAAGCUUUGAUAUAUUCUAGUCUCUAACUGACCUGUCCGGGACAACCAUGGACAAGAUAGAGCAGGCUCGUGUCGCAGUCGCCAACUACGACUACAUCAGGUUCGCUGUCUGUGACAUCAAUGGCACAAGCCGUGGUCCGGCGAUGCACCGUCGCUACGCUGAAAAAUACCUCCUUGGAGGAUUGGACCUGUAUGAAGAAAUAUUACUAUUUGGAUACAACAACGAGAUCGUGAUCUUGCCACAUGACAAAGAGUACCACAAUGGCAACGCGACUUUAGUUCCAGAUCUUGACACCCUGAGACCAAUUCCAUGGGCAGGAGAAAAUACGUUCAAGGUCGCAGAAAUUCUGUGCGAGUCACGCUGGAAAAAAGAUCUCUCUCCUCAGGCAGCAUGUCCGCGAUAUGUUGCCCGGCAACAGCUGAAACAGUUGGACGACCUAGGGUUUCAGUUGUAUUCCGGCUUUGAAAUUGAAUAUUUUCUAUUUGAUGCAAAUACAUUAACUCCGGUUUUCCCCGGUAAAUCAUUUCUGUGCCAGCAGACAUUGAAUAAAUGUGGAAAAUAUGUGUAUAAAUUCGACAAUCAACUCAAGCAAUCUGGAAUAGAUGUGGAAAAGAUGCAUCUCGAAUAUGCUCCCGGAAUGUUCGAGGCUGCCCUGGAACCCAAAUAUGGAAUAGAAGGUGUCGAUGCUGCAUUUAAUCUCAAGCAGGGCCUACUUGAAUUAGCUGACCAAAAUGACCUCAAGGCUUCAUUCAUGUCAAAGCUUGAUGCUGAUCUGUCGGGGGCAGGGUGUCAUUACAGUCUCUCCAUUCUAGCCAAAGACACUGGUGAGAAUGCAUUUUAUGACGUCAGUUCCACAGACAACCUAUCUCCCAUGGCUAAACAAUGGAUAGCAGGAAUUCUGAAACACAGCAAGGCACUGGCUGCCUUAACCUCCCCAACAAUAAACUGCUACAGAAGACUCCAUCAACCUUGGGCACCAGGGGGGAUUUAUUGGAAUAUUGAAGACCGUGCAACCUCUCUCCGUGUCAAGAACCACGGACCUUCAGGAACUUACCUGGAGAACAGGAUGCCGAGCGGAAGAAGCAACCCGUACCUGGUCAUGGCGGCCACCAUUGCUGCCGGUUUGGACGGGGUGAGGAACAAGCUGGUGUGUCCACCUCCGGGGAAUCUAAAGGACGCCGAUCUCUUGCCAAAAUCCCUCCCAGAAGCUUUGAAAGAUCUUAAAGAUGACUCGUACAUGGUCAGUGCUCUGGGCCAAGAAAUGAUCUCUUGGUUCUUGAAAUGUAAGGAAGUUGACAUUGAACAGUUUAAAUACAUUGAAGAUGAUAAAGAAAGAUUUUCCUACGAGAGGAAGGUUUACUUCUAGUGAACGUUUACUGACUAAUAGUGCUAUGCACUGGCUGAUACGGUGAGCCUGAUCUCACAAAUAAACACAUGUAAUACCUACGUAUAUGUACACGUGUUGUACAUGAAUGCUAUUGUUCUCUGACAACUACAUUUAGCUCCCUAUGGGGAAUGGGACGUCAAGUAUUCUGAGGCGAACUUGUGCCAGGAUCCGAAGAGAGUGGAUUUGAUAACCAAGUUCUUUGUGACCUUCAUCCUUGCACUGUCAGCACCAUAGCUACUACCUGCGUUACUUCGAUAUUUACUUACACAACAGUCAUGCUGUGAUUAUAACUAAACCGCUCUUCAACGCGAUGUUAAACUGAAAUCUUUACUCACUCACUCACUUUACCUCUUCAUACCAACAUACGAUUGUGUUAUAUCUCCCUAUUACAACAGCACUACUGUUUUACCUCUAUACCUAUCAUGUUGCGUUAUAUUUCUCUCAGCCUACAUAUCAACAGAAGGUUGUUUUAAUUCCAGACAAACAUUCACAUUUUUUAUCUCACUAACCAACCGACCAUUGUUCCACCUCUCUAUAUACUAACGUACCGGUGUUACACCUUCCAAUAAAAGACUAUUGUUAUA